AAUCUGUCUAGAUAUGCAGAACGUCGCACGUUUUGUCUCCCGUGCAGCAGAUGCUUCCGGGAUAGUCUCCGCGCGCUCGGGAUGUUCGGGCUUAGCCUCCGCCGCGUGGCCCGCGCGCGCGGAAGGCUGCGCGCGCAUUUUAGCACCCCGCCGGCUUGGUAUCACUUGCUGAACCUUAAAAAAGUAGACAUGUCAAUGGGAGAAACCCCCAAUAAAAUAAGCUACUUGAAACCCUUGAAGUCACUGGAGCCUGAUUCGUUGUUGAAACUCCUGAAAACAUCUAUAGUACAUGCGGAUGGUACCCUCGUGGCCAUUAACAAACCUUGUGGUAUCCCUAUAUCAGGCAAGCCAGAAGACCUGACUUUGCAAUCUGUUCUGCCACAGCUAAGCCAGAUUCUAAAUCUCCCACAAGAUCUCCAGGUGAUCAAAGCUCCAGAAAAGGAAGGUUCUGGACUUGUUCUGCUGUCAAGCUGCCCAAACACCACCCGAUAUCUACAAGAUUUUUAUAGUCAGCGCAAGAAGAAAAAACAUCCAGUUGCUACUUACUGUGCCGUUACUACCAGGACUCCAGUAGCUACGGAAGGAGAAAUUAAUACAGGCCUCAAGAUGGUGGACGUUGAUGGCUUUGACAUGGUAGUGCCGGUGGCUUCCCCUUCUCGCAAGAGCCUCCAAGCCAAGGAGGUGAAAAGGACACUGUCGUACUACAAAGUGCUAGACUCAAAGGAGGGCUGUGCCCUGUUGCAGCUGCAGCCAGUGACAACUUUCCGGAACCAGCUGCAGGUUCACCUGACCUUGAUCCUGAGUCCUCUGCUAGGAGACCACGUGUAUUCGUCUCGGGUGGGAACAGUUCUUGGAGAACCUUUUCUCUUGCCUGCUGAGGAGACUCCGCCCCGGACACAGGCUCUGGAGGAACAUUUGAUGCAAAAGCUCCGGUUACGGCCACAAGUGAUGUUUCGCUUGCAGCUUCACCUCCACCUCCACCAACUUCUGCUCCCUGAGGGUUGCUGUUCUUCCUGCACUCUAUUGGUGGCGCCCCCUCCUCCUUUUUUCCUCCAGACACUUCGUAGCCUGGGACUUAACCUGCCCCCUAUGAGCAGCAAGCAGUGAAAAAGUCUGCAAAGCAUUUGUCCUGGAUUCGUUCACUGCUGGCAACCCAGUCAAGUGGAUGCAGCUGCCGUUAAAAUCUAGGCCCACACAAGGAAAAAGUCAUGUCAUUGUGGAAGAAAGCUUCUGCUCCUUCUGGGAAGAGGCUCAGAUGUAUUCCUCCACAGUUGCUUGAAUAGGUGGCGUACAAAUGACUGGCAGUGGAAAA